AUCCAGCUCUGGGAUACGGCAGGCCAGGAGCGCUUCAGAAAGAGCAUGGUGCAGCACUACUACCGGAACGUCCACGCCGUCGUGUUUGUGUACGACAUGACAAACAUUGCCAGCUUCCACAGUCUGCCCUUGUGGAUUGAGGAGUGCAAACAGCACCUCCUUGCCAACGACAUACCGCGGAUUCUGGUCGGAAACAAAUGCGACCUGAGGAGCGCUAUUCAGGUGCCGACGGACUUGGCCCAGAAGUUUGCCGAUACUCACAGUAUGCCGUUGUUUGAAACCUCUGCCAAAAACCCCAAUGACAAUGACCACGUGGAGGCCAUUUUUAUGACACUGGCUCACAAGCUUAAAAGUCACAAGCCAUUAAUGCUCAGUCAACCCCCAGAUCGCGAUGAAAUACAUAUAAAGCCGGAACCAAAACCUGCCAUGACCUGCUGGUGUUAA